AUGAGUCGCUUACCUGUUGCGCGGCGCCGGAAGCUCGCGUGUGUGCCGCUCAAAAGGAAUCAGAGGUACCGUGAUUUGACGCUUGUUUCCCUGACCGACGAGUCCCCGCCACCCUCGUCCCUGACACCCCUUGCUCGCCACCCCGUCUCCACCACACCCUCCAAACCAUACCCUCCAAACCACACCCUUCUAGCCACACCCUUCCAGCCACCCUCGUUCCCGCCACCCCGUCUCCGCCACACCCCAGCCACCUGUUCCCAGCACCACAGCCAUCCUGACCCAGCCACUCCGCCACACUUGUCUCCAGCCACUAUCAUUCCAGUCACCCUCGUUCCCGCCACCCCGUCUCCGCCACACUGUUCCCAGCACCACAGCCACCCUGACCCAGCCACUCCGCCACACUCGUCUCCAGCCACUUCGUCUCCCGCCACCCCGCCUCAGCCAGCUUCGUCUCCGCCCCGCCUCCCUACGCAGGUGAAGGGAAACAUACAUGGAGAGACAUCUGUUGGAGUGAAAUGGGAAGGGAAGAGAAGGUUUGAGGAUUGGAGGGAAAGUUUCCAGAACCGCAUAUAUGUACCCCGCGGAGGGUUUCCAGGGCAGCUGAACUCGUGUCAACUGGAAGCGACUUGA